AUGGAAAAUAGGAAUAAUGUCACUGUGUUUAUUCUUUUAGGCUUUUCUAAAAACAGAAGUAUUGAAAUUGCCUGCUUUGUGUUUUUCUUAUUUUGUUACAUUGCUAUUUGGCUAGGAAACUUGCUUAUAAUUAUUUCUGUCACAUGCAGUCAGCUAAAUGAGCAGCCCAUGUAUUUCUUCCUUAAUUACCUCUCUCUUUCCGACCUUUGCUAUACAUCCACUGUGACACCCAAACUAAUGUUUGACUUACUGACAGAAAAGAAGACCAUUUCUUAUAAUAACUGCAUGGCACAACUUUUUAUAAUGCACUUCCUUGGAGGUAUCGAGAUCUUUAUCCUCACAGGAAUGGCCUAUGACCGCUAUGUGGCCAUCUGCAAGCCCUUGCACUAUACUGUCAUCAUGAGCAGGCAUAGAUGUAACGCGAUCAUCCUAGCUUGUUGUAUUGGAGGAUUUAUACACUCUACUAACCAGUUUCUUCUCAUUAUAUUCUUAUCUUUCUGUGGCCCAAAUAAGAUAGAUCACUACUUCUGUGAUGUGUAUCCUUUACUGAAUCUGGCUUGCACCAAUACACACAAAAUUGGUCUAUUGGUACUUGUCAAUUCAGGUAUUCUUGCUUUGAUUACCUUUGUGAUUGUGAUGGUGUCAUAUGUUCUGAUAUUGUAUACCAUCCGGGCUUACCCUGCCCAAAGUCGUAAAAAGGCACUUUCUACUUGCAGUUCUCACAUAACAAUUGUAGUUCUAUUCUUUGUGCCAGUCCUGUUCGUUUACAUAAGACCAGCGGUAAUUUUUCCGGAAGAUAAAGUGUUUGCUCUUUUCUACACCCUCAUUGUUCCCAUGUUCAACCCUUUGAUCUAUACACUGAGAAAUAUGGAGAUGAAGAAUGCUAUGAGGAAGAUAUGGUACCAUCAAUUGUUUUUGGAAAGAACAAAACUAUUUAGAAAUUCACUUUAG